UUUUUGGUUGAGCUGUUUUGGCUUUUUAAUGGUUGUGUGGACAACUACAAGGGGUGGUGUUGAGGGAGGACAAGUUUCUUAUGAUGGAAGAUCAUUGAUAAUUGAAGGGCAAAGAAAGCUCUUGUUUUCUGGUUCAAUUCAUUAUCCUCGAAGCACACCUGAUAUGUGGCCAUCUUUGAUAUCAAAGGCCAAACAUGGUGGACUAGAUGUGAUUGAAACCUAUGUCUUUUGGAAUCUUCAUGAACCUCGACAUGGGCAGUAUGAUUUUAAGGGAAGACAUAAUAUAGUGAGAUUCAUUAGAGAAAUUCAAGCUCAUGGCCUCUAUGCAUUCAUCCGGAUUGGACCCUUCAUUGAGGCUGAAUGGACUUACGGAGGUCUACCAUUUUGGCUGCAUGAUGUACCAGGAAUUGUUUAUCGAUCUGAUAAUGAACCCUUUAAGUAUCAUAUGCAAAACUUCACAACAAAAAUUGUCAACUUGUUCAAAUCAGAAGGAUUAUAUGCUCCACAAGGAGGGCCUAUCAUUCUUCAACAGAUCGAGAAUGAGUACAAAAAUGCGGAGAGAGCUUUUCACGAGAAAGGACCGCCUUAUGUUCAGUGGGCAGCUGCCAUGGCUGUCGGACUCCAAACGGGUGUGCCAUGGGUGAUGUGCAAGCAAGAUGAUGCCCCUGAUCCUGUGAUAAACACAUGUAAUGGGAGGACGUGUGGAGAAACAUUUGUAGGGCCUAAUUCACCAAACAAGCCAGCAAUCUGGACAGAGAAUUGGACAAGUUUCUAUCAAGUCUAUGGUGACAAGACCCCAUUAAGAUCAGCAGAGGACCUUGCAUAUAACGUUGCUUUAUUCAUAGCAAGGAAGAACGGAAGCUUUGUAAACUACUACAUGUAUCAUGGCGGUACAAAUUUUGGCAGGACAGGUUCAGCAUUUGUACUCACAAGCUAUUAUGAUGAAGCUCCUAUUGAUGAAUACGGUUUGAUUAGGCAACCAAAAUGGGGUCAUCUGAAGCAGUUACAUUCAGUAAUAAAGUCAUGCUCACAGACUCUACUUCAUGGAGUCAUAUCUGUUUCUCCACUUGGUCAGCAGCAAGAAGCCUAUGUAUUCCGCAGGGAUUCAGGAGAAUGUGCAGCUUUCCUUGUAAACUAUGAUAGAAGAACUGAAGUUGUGGUGCUGUUCCAGAACAUACACUAUAAAUUACCUGCAACAUCAAUAAGCAUUCUACCUGACUGCGCAACUGAAGCAUUCAAUACAGCUAAGGUAACCACUCAAUCUUACAAGAGAUCAACUCUACCAACCGUGAAGUUCAACUCAGUUGACAGAUGGAGUGAAUUUCGAGAAGCUAUUCCUGUAUUUGGAGAAACUUCAAUAAGUUCCAAUUCAUUGUUGGAGCACAUGAAAACUACGAAAGAUAAAUCUGAUUAUCUCUGGUACAGCUUUAACAUUUGCAAUGACAGUGUUAAUUCAUCAAAAGCUCAGUCGCUUCUCACUGUCGACUCCCGGGGACAUGCUUUACAUGCAUUUGUUAAUGGAGAACAUGCAGGUUCUGCACAUGGAGAUCAUAAAAAUCCAGCUUUUACGUUGGAAAGAACUAUAAAUCUACAUCACGGGAGGAAUAAUAUCUCCUUGCUCAGUUUGACCGUUGGAUUACCGAAUUCAGGGGCAUAUCUUGAGCGCAGAUCUCUUGGCUUGGACGGUGCUAGAUUAAAGAACAGUCAAGCUACCAAUGAUCUCACAAAUUCAGCUUGGGGAUAUCAGGUAGGAUUGCUAGGGAAGAGGUUACAACUUCACACAGAGAAAGGAUCAUCUGCUGCUCAAUGGAGCAAGCUGUCUGCUUCUCCCAAACAGCUCACAUGGUACAAGACAUAUUUUGAUGCUCCUGAGGGUGAUGAUCCCCUAGCAAUCAAUCUUGGAUCCAUGGGGAAAGGUGAAGCUUGGAUCAAUGGCCACAGUAUUGGUAGAUAUUGGGUCUCAUUCCUCAAAGCUGAUGGUUCUCCUUCACAGACAUGGUACCACAUACCAAAAUCUUUUCUUAAACCCAAAGGGAACCGGUUAGUUUUGUUUGAGGAAGAAUCAAAAGACCCUCUGAACAUCUCAAUAGACGUGAUUUAUAAUCAACGAAGGUCCUAGUUAGAAAAACAACAGGAUAGAGAUAGAAAUACAAGCACACACAGAUUACACGCAACUUUCUAGUUAAAAGUAGACGAUUUGUUGCUGUCAAAGAAUGAUAAACAGAUUUCAGUGUCUGGAUAUGUACAAACUUGAGGUGAUCCAAUCUGUCAAACAGCAAUUACAUAAUUUCAUAUGCUAAUGAGAAGAAAUCAGUGUGAUGCAAUCA